AUGACACUAUCCUACGAGAACACGAUCGCGACUGCCGAAGUGGUCUGUUAUACGGUCGCGUUAUCCCUCGCGGUCGCGCUGACCGUCCGACAUGGAUGGCGCAAACAACCGUGCUGGCCCGCAUUAGUCGCUUUUGCGAUCGUGCGGAUUCUUGGGGCCGCAAUGGAACUGGGGACCCUCGCGGCGCCGCUGAAUUUCUCUCUGUACCGGGGCGCUGCGACCCUGACGCAUGCUGGGCUUCCUCUCCUCUUGGGCACAUUGCUGGGUCUCAUCCUGGUGGUUCGAAACAGUGUGCACAAGAAACGCCAGACGAUUGUCCGAUCAUUCGUCAUGCACAUUCAAGCCCUUCUUCUCGUCGGGGCAUUCAUCCUGGGGAUCGUUGGAGCGACGUCGGUGCCUGAUUCCGACUUUGCGGGAUUCACGACCACCAAGGUUCCGUCUGCUCUCGUCGCGAGCGUAAUCCUCGAUCUGAUCGCAUUCUUUUCCCUGGCGGUCUGCACGGUGUCUUUGUGCUUCUACACUCAAUGUGUCCCGUCAGCGGAGAAGCGACUGUUGAUGGCGGCCGUGGCUUCUCUGCCCUUCCUGCUCGUGCGCGUCGUUUACUCGGCGCUGUGCGUGUCCCUCGACAAUAUGGCGCUCCACUGGUUCAAGGGCUGUCUGCUCAUGUUUAUCGGCAUGGCCGUGGUCAUGGAAAUGCUAGCGGUCACCACCUAUACAUGCGCAGGACUCGUGCCGGGAUGUUGGAGGUCGCGUAAAGCCGCCACUACAGGCGCAGCAAAGGGGAAAAGAGCAGACAAGCCUGACUCCGAGAAUUUGAUAGCUCUGAAUUCUCAGUAA